AAGCUAUUAAUUAUAUGAUUUUCAGUUCGAGAUUUACGUGAUAAAUGAUUUGAUGGAUGUCUUAACAGUUUUGGGCAGAGAAAACAGGGGAGGAAGAUGGACAGUAGCAGUGACUUGCAGAGACCCAGAAAGGAAGAAGAGAAGCCAAAGGUCGUGGUGAUAAUGGGUCCAAAUGGGUCGAGCAAAUCACGGCUGGCCAUUGAUUUGGCAGCCGAUUCCAUGCAGGUCCAUGAAGGUCUUGAUGUCCAAGAACAAAAGGAAAAGGAGGCUCAAGCGGCUUCAAACAUUGUUUGGAUGGACCAUUCAGUAUGCUAAUUUAACAGAAUCCAUUUGAGGAGGAUCAGAUAAGUGUUGGGUAGAACAAGUGGUUGGUCCUGCUGUUAAAAUUAUCAGAUCUUUCCUCAGUGAAGAUGCUGGUCGGUGUUCAAUCUGAAGGGGACAAACCAAACUGCAACAAAUUCAAUCUGUAGGGAUCUAUGGACCCAAUAUGUCUGCAAGGCUUGUGGGGAUAGGAUACUGAGAGGAGCUCAUGAUUGGGAACAACAUAUACAAGGACGAGGCCAUCGAAAACACAUUUCCCGGCUGAGGAAGCUUGAAGAUCCCUGCUUAAUUCGAUUGCAACAAGAGUUAAAAUCCUAGCUCUAAUGUUGCCAUUUCCUAACAGGUUCUGAUUAUCGCUCUGAUUCUGUAAACUUUAAAGGUACUUAUCCUUGAAAUGCAUCAACCUUUCAUACAGACAAACAUCAUAUAUCCUUGUAUGAACACAGGUUUCCCAAUGAGGAUUUUUUUUAUUUUUUUUUUUGAGCAUAAAAGUCAUUGACUAUC